AUGAAUGCUGGGGGAUGGGCUGAUUAUGAAAAUUUGUUUACUCGCCAAACUAUUUCCAAUCAACCCUGUCUCUUGCGGUUGGAAUAUGAUUACAGUGACAAUGUAGAUAAUGAUUGUAGUGACGUUUUAUGGAUAACAAAAAGAAACUUAGAUAACUAUCGAGAAAUAGUUUUCAAUACCACUUAUGAGGAUGAUGAUGGGUGGAUAGAACUACGAGGGGCUGUGGAAAGGAAUGAAAAUCAGGACAUUCCGAAAAUAAAUCUCAUUAAUUUGUGGACGAGCCCGGCAAGAUGA